AGCAAAUCCAAAAUGGCGUAGGGGAUUUGCAGCCAAAUUUUGAAAUUGCUUUAGGAAAUUGCAUAUUGCAGCUCCAUUUGACCUAGUUCAACGUGUUUACGGAGUGCAAUCGAAUCAAGUGUUGUUUCAAUGGCUGGAAAUGAACGUAUCGUGAUGUCUGAACCAAGACCAAAGUUUCUGCAACGACUGCGUAACAGAACAGACAGUGAGGGUCACUCAAGUAAUGCAGGAAGUGCACACCAGGACAAUAGGCCAAAUAAUUGGGAUUUUUCGAACUGGAGACCAAGUCAGACUUUUGAUCCCAGCAAAACCAAGGUUAAAGUAGGGAUAGGAAAUACAGAGAGAGAACAGUCACUAUCAGUUGAAUCAACACCAACAAGUGACAACAGAAAGCAUCGAACCCCUUCAACUUUUCCAAGAACUAAAAUGACUGCUGUAACUCCCAAGGCGCACCGGGAAGCUAUCGAAAAUCUCCGCCAGGCAUUGUCAUUUAGUGAGUCCGAGGGUGUAAGCGAAUCAGAUGGAGAGAAGAAUAACGAAAGGUUUACAAUGAGAUUGAAUCAGAAUGACAUCAAUGGGCAUUUUGUUGAUAAUUGGAUUGCUUCUGAUUCUGAAAUAUCUGAUGUUGAACCACCGGACAGUAACCAGAUUGUUGGUAGAUUGAUGCAGAUCAGAGACUAUAUAAAACAAGCUGCUGCUAUGGGUGGAACAUUGAAGGCAUCAACUGAACCAGCCCACCGAGAACAGGUAGAAAAACUUGAGAGACUCGUACAGCACUUGAAAGAACAAGAGAAAGGCUACAUGAACCUACUGCAGAGAAUAUUGGCACACCGUGAUGAAACCCUUCUAGUAGUGGACCAUAAUUCUGGUGGGUCAGGCCAUUCAAAGAUCUCAGCUGCCGACAGUACUUCAAUAGACAUGGACAUGCAGUCAGAUGUCUCAGAGUGUACGACUGAUCGCUCUCUAAAUGCAAACACACGUCCUAAAAUUGAAAGUUGUCUCGGAAAAUAUUCAGACGCCGAAGAUCCUUUACUGAGUGCAAGAUCUCAGAGUACCCAGAAUUCCUCAACACUCGAUUUAGAAUCGACCCUCGUCCCGGAUUCAAAUCAAAAUUGGGUGCAUUUAUUUGAUAAUGAUUACAAAGAAUCUACGACUUCCACAGAGUCUGAAGUUGGAGCUGCUGGCCCCAAGAACGAUGAGCUUGAAUCACUGUGGUAUCAAAAUGAACUGUUAAGGAAGAUGUUGGAGCAACAAGAACAGUUGCGUUCUCUGCAAGACCGUCAGUCGGCAUUGAUGAAGCUUCAGAAAGAAGCAGACAGCAAACUAAGAACACUGAAGGAUACAGAUGCAGAUGAAGCUACAUUGAGGGCAGUAGGUGCAUCUAAUGGUGUUCCUCACUCUGAUGCUGUGGAUCUCGACACAACAGCUACAAACACUACAGCUACACAGUCCGAGACUGACGACACAGAACAACAAAUCGAAGAUGGUACACUCGUCCCAUCUGAACUCAAAGAACUUCGAUCUAGACUCAAUUAUCUCAAGAACUUGUAUGAUAGUGAUUCCAUACAACAGACUAGCCAAUCAGAGACUGACGGCAACAACACAGAUACAAUGUCUGUGACGUCACUCAACCGGAGAGAGCUGAAACACAAGUUGAAGGACCUUCAGGAUAAAAAGUCUCGUAUGGACAGCUUGUUGAUGGAGCUACAAGGCAUGCGUGCUGGACAGAGGCCUGCAUUGAAUAAUGAAGUAGACACACAAAGUAAUACUUCAUCAGUUGUACAUAUCCAAGACUCCCUGCAAGCUACAGCUUCUGCCAACGCCACGGCAACUGAUGCACAACAAAUGCUAGAGAUGUUAGAUGCCAGGAAAAAACUCAAGAAACUGCAUGAUGUGAGGGGCAGGUUAACUCAACUAAAGGACCUUGUACAGUACUACCAGCAGGGGUCAGAGUUCAUACACGAGGAUGAUUCGGAAGCCCCUGACCAAUCCAGUAUGCUGGCAUUCAGUGACUAUGAGGACCCUGAGCUCAUGAGAAGUCUCAGAGAGUUGAAGAACAGAGAACGUCGACUGCUACAAGACGAAGAACUUGACACUUCCCAGCAGGCCACAGAAGAUGAGACGUCACAAGUUGACGCAACUGAGACAGCAUCUCAGCAAAGUAGCAUGUAUGGAGGAUAUGAAGACGACCCCGAGAUACAAGAUAAAGUCAGAAAAUUGAAUGCAGCUAAAGAGAAGCUAGCAAGACUUCAGCAGCUUGUUGCCAUGGUACAGCAAUCCCCUGAUGCAGCUAGAGUUCUGCCCGAUGACCUUGCAGAGCUAGCUGCCAGUAUAGAUGGAGACACCACCUCUCAGGCAACCACAACGACACAAAAUGAUGGCCCUACUGUCUUAUCUGAGCAACAAAGGGAAGCCUUCUAUGAGACUAAAGUGCAGGAGCAAAGAGCAGAGUUGGGAGAACUUAUGCAGGAGAGACAGAAACUCCUAGCUAUACAAGAGCAACUCCAGAAGCUACAUGAGCAGUUCCCAAUAAGCCCACGUAUGCGUGAAGCAGAGGCCGCCACGAAAGAGGUUGUGUCAACUCCUGCCGUUAGGACACGUCGUCAAGAAGCCCCCUAUGUUACAUUCCAAGAACCACCAGCUGAAGUUGCUAGUAAUGAUGAACUCUGGGAGAAAAUGCGUCGUCAGCGUAUGUUACGAGAGGAGCUGCGUCAGAAGAAGCAGGAGCUUGAAGAUAUGAUGCGCAAAGAUCAGCCUAGAAGAGCCUAUGGAAGAAACCAGGACAACCAAAGUGAUAACAUCUCUUUCUCAAAUAAGUCUGAUCCACUGGGCAUGAGUGUGGUUAGUGGAGAUAUGACAAUGGCCACAUGGGGAGGAUCUACUGUUCAAGACUUGGAGGAGAUAGAUGAGGAUGAGAAUGCAAGUGGGGAUGGAGGAGAGCUAGAGGAGGAUGAGGAAGAUGAUGGCUACCCUAGUGAUGGUAUAGUACAGGUAGAAGAAGAGGAAGAAGCUGCUGAGUCUGACAAUGGCACUUAUAUCAUAGGAGAAGAUUAUAGACAACACCUACGUGCCAUGCACCUUCCUAUCCCUGUAGUAGAAGAGAGAUCACCCCCUGGACAGUCUAGACCUACAAUUGACCCACAAGAUCCAAGGAUGAACAGUCUGCCAGGCUUUACCAGGAACCAGCUAGGAUCGAGAGGCCAGCCUGGUGUUGAGGAGCUGCAGCACCAGUUGGCUGGAGUAAAUGCACUUUGUCAGUCACUCAUCAAAGAACAAGAGCAACUGAAUAGAGUCCUACAAGGAGGGACUUCAGACACAAGUGUACAUCAAGGCAUGGUGUCUGAUCUUGCCAGUACCUACCAGGCUCAACUUGGCCAGCAACAAAUGCUACUGAGCCUCAACCAGGUGUAUAGCCAGUUACAUUCACAACAGGCAGAAAUGCAGGCUUUACAAUACCAGCUAUACAGUGUUUUAGGCAGGGAAGAAGCUGAUGAGGAAGGAGCAGGGGGCGACAGACCUGACUCAAGAUAUAGAAGACCCGAGUCUGGUAUGUCCAGACCUGACUCUGCAGCUUAUAUGCACCGAUAUGGCCCUUCGCCAAUGCCCUAUGGCAUGCCCUAUGGGGCCCCAUCACCUGUCGGGCCAUAUCUAAGGCCCUCAUCUGCAUCUGGUGGCUUUAACUUCAACCCUCAGUUCCCUUAUGGCUUUCAGACGGGCAGCCCAGGUUAUACUGAUGGACGUAGGUCAGCUGGUAUACAGACAGAUUUCUCCUGGGGAAAUUAUAAAGAUCAGUCUCCCACCACAGGCCCAACCAAGAGACAGCCCACUGAGAGACCUUCACCAACACAGCGGCCAAUGAAUCAGCCUAACUAUGCAUUCCAAGCUAAGCUCAAUAGAUCUCCUCUUUAUACCGAAAGUAGCAGCCAAUAUGAAGAACUCCCUCAACAAUUGAGUGUUCGUUCAACGGAACGUCUUGUACCCAAGUUAGACCUCGAGGAAAUAUUUAAAUCAAGGCCAAGAAAAACCAAAAAAUUGGCAACAGGAGAUGUAUCAGGCUCAGCAAGAUCAGAUGCUUCUAGUGCUGUAGGACAGGGCUAUGGCUCGGCCAUUGACUCAAGGAAAACAAGAUCACGGCCACAGAUACCUGAUGAUAUGUAUAGGCCAGGUCUGAGUGCGGGGAUCAGUGGAACUGCUUUCAUGGACAAUGCCAGCAUGGCCAGUAUGGUCAGUCAGUCAAGCGCUCUCUCAAGCAUGGCUGAUGAUCUUGCCGCCAUGGCAGCAGCAAAGAAAAUGGCUGCCAGAGCCAAGGGAGGCUUUCCAACAGGACAGAAUACUGGAGUCAAGUCAACUAGUGAACUGGAAUCAGAGUCAGCUCAGAGUGACUUCUCAUUAUUUGAAGCUCUGAGGGAGACUAUUUAUUCCGAGGUUGCGACUCUAAUUUCACAAAACGAAUCACGCCCACAUUUCUUGAUUGAACUUUUCCGUGAACUUCAACUUCUCAACUCUGAUUAUCUACGCCAGAGGGCACUGUAUGCAGUCCAAGAUUUGGUGACUCGGUUUUUAACGGAAGAAAGUGUUGCUGGGUCUGUACAAGCUCCUCCCCCAAGGUGGCUAGUAACUAGCAACAGACGUGAGACAAAUGGAGAUAUGACCCCAAGUGAAAGUCUCGUCACCACAGAUGAAGAGGAAGUCAGGGCUCGUAUGCUGUACACUUUGAAUGCUGGGAAUGUCUCCAAGAGUGAGCAGUCAGCCUCACAACAGGGUUCAGUGAGGAGUGACAAGUUUGAUUAUGCAGAGAAUGUAGAAACUACAAGCUCCCUGUCUACUCCCCCCUCCACAGGAUAUUGGGAGUCUGGUGGCUUCAGUCAGGAUCUGGGAGACACUGUCAUACACCUAGACAAGGCUUUGUCGAGGAUGAGGGAGUAUGAGAGGCAGAAGGACCAGUCAGCAAGUCCAGCCAACGCUAGGGAGAAGAAAGAGUCCAUUUCUGUAGCAAGUAGUUCAGCACAGGACCAGGGAAGUGAGAGCUCUGUAUCUGAUAUGGCUUAUCCACGCAUUGACACCCAACAGUUGGACCAUCAGAUCAAGGCCAUUAUGACUGAGGUGAUUCCAAUUCUCAAAGAACAGAUGGACAAUGUGUGUUCAUCUCAACUUCUCAGCUAUAUCAAACGUAUGGUUCUACAGUUGACGAAACAGAAGAAUGACGAACAAGAAUUUGUAAGAUUCUUCCAUAAGCAGCUUGGCUCGAUAUUGCAAGAUUCACUUGCCAAGUUUGAAGGAAGAAAGAUGCGAGAAUGUGGUGAAGAUCUGCUCGUAGAAAUGUCAGAGAUUCUCUUUAAUGAACUGGCUUUCUUCCGGCUCAUGCAAGACUUAGAUGAACCUGGAAAACAGGUGAAGAAGAAGCUGAGAGAUUGGAGCAAGGAAUCCCAGACAUCAACUGAGACUGCUGCCACUGGUGAUACUCAAGGAGACACUACUCAAGGCGAUGAAGAAACUACUCAAGGUGAAGAGGAGACAACUCAAGGUGAAGAGGAGACAACUCAAAGUAGUGAAAGUGAAGAGUCUGAGAGUGAAGAUGAUGAGACGAGAGAACCAACUAUAAAAGCUUCUCUUACUGAAGAAGAAGAGCUUGGCAAGGCCAGAGAUGAUGAAAUGGCCAACAAGGUGGACAUCAAUGACAGCCACUAUAGUCAGGGACAGAACAGAAGAAUUGAACUAGCAGUCAGUGAGACAAAGCCCUUCACUAGCAUUGGAAGUGAUGAGGAAGAAGAUGAAGAGGAAAAUGAAAUGAGUGCCGAGGACCCCUCGACAGCUGUAUCAAGACAGCCAGAGAAUGAUGAAGGAUCAACCAAAGAUGAUGUUGCUGCUAAGGAGCCCUCAGAGCAACCUCAAGUUAAUGGAAAGGUUGAAAAUGAAAUCACUGUUGAUGACAUUCCUGUUGCACUGAACGUAGAUCAAAUUAAGAUAGAAAACAAAAUGGCGGAGGAAGAUUCAGAGAACCCAAACCCUGCGCAGAUUAUUCUCACAACCAUGGAGCCUGGCCUAGAGCUAGCUGGAGACCCACAAGCCAUCAAGGAACCAGAAGCUGAGCAAGCAUUAGCAGAUGGUGCAGGUGACUCUACUAGCAAAAGUGAGACUGAGGUGUGAAUAGUGUAAAAACAUUUAUAUAAUAAUAAUAAUAUAAAAGAAUAUGUGAGAGAAUACACAAGUUGGAGUGAUGAGUGACAGUGAAACCUGAUAAUUGGAACAUCUCUAUAAGUCCAACACCUUUGUAAGUUCAACACUUCAUUGCCCUGUGAGACAUUGGCACACUGUUAAAGAUAUUCAACCUUUUAAGCUCUUCAUUAAUAAUUAUGCGCAUAUAUUAAGCAAAUAUGAUGCUGCCCUCUAUUGAGUAAUCUCUUCAUCAGAAUCUAAAACACCUGACAUAACAAAAGGAAUAAUGAAACAAAAGUUGAACACACGGGAGACACAAUGAUGCCAUCUACUGGUGAAACAGUAGACUAAACCAGAUACAAUGCCAUCUAUUGAGAAGUCAGCUGAAGUCAGCACAAUAAUAUAGAUGAAAAAAUGAAACCACUCAUUCGCCAUAUGCUGUCUUCAAAAUCUUAAAAAUGAAUUGAUGAGUCAUGGUUCGCAAUUAGUCCUAUGAACAGGGAGAUAUGCUGAUUACUCGAUUAGUACAAAAUUAGUACUGAAUUAGCACUCUGGCAAAAGUGCACUCAUGAGCACUCAUGUCACGAGUGCUAAUUUAGCACUAAUUCAUGAUAUUCAUACUCAUUUAGUGCUGAA